CCCAAAUAUACCAAAACUUCAAAUAUUAAACUCCGUACAUCAUCAAUUUCAUUACUUUAGUUCUUCCCUUUAACAAAUAUUAAAAGCCAUUGAAGAGCCAUAGUUUUUGCGUGUUUUUGGUCAAUUGUGUUUCUUGAUACAAUAUCUAAAUCCAAGUUUUUCCUUUCUCAAUAUUACUUUCUAGUUUGUAAUUUUGUCAAACCCUAAUUUGUUUGUUAAUUUCAUAGGUGGUCCGGCGGUGGUUAAGGGAGGCGAUAACAACGGCUUCAACGCAUCCUCUUAACGGAUCCUUCUAUUACCCCUUUUGUUCAGGAGCUUAGGAGCUUCAAAGAAGAUCUGAACAUUAGUGUUUCUUGAUCAAGCUACCAAUAUUCAGGAAAAUGUCAAUAAUUCCAACUUCAUCAGAACAAGAUCAACAAGAAAAUGAGAUUCAACAACCACCAUCAAGGUUGACUUAUCGUGAAAAGCGAAGGAUUGACAAAGCUGAGCUUCGACAAAAAUUCCCUGAUCGUAAGAGGCGUGGCCCUACUAGGGGUUUAAAAUAUGCUUCCAAAAGAGCAAGAAAUCCAGAAGAAAAGAUUACGUUAACUUUUAUGGAUGAGCUUCGACGUGUGGUUGGUGAAAAGGCAAAUGAGUUCAUAUGUGAUUGUAGCAAUUGGGUGGAAGAGUUUUGUCCUUUGAAUGCAUUGAAUUAGGCUAAAAUGGAUCCUGAUGCGAAGAAAAGUUUAUAUGACAAGAUUUUGGCAAAAUACAAUUUACCUGAAAAGAUUGGUGGUGCGGACGCGACUGAUGCAUUGAGCUUUCAAUGUUCUAUAUUAUAUAGGCAUUGGAGGUUUAGACUCAAAGAAAAAUACUAUAGAGGCAAAACAAAGGCAGAGGCUAGAGACAAUAGACCUUCAACUAUUGAUCCGAUACAGUGGGAUUGGUUGGUUUAUGAGUAUUGGAGUUCCCCAAAACAAGAGGCCAUUAGCAAAGUGAACACAGCAAAUAAACUGAAGUUAACUGAAACACCGGCUAAUGGUGCAAAGUCCACAGCAAGAAUUUUCUAUGAUAUGAUUAUCGAGCCACAAAUUGUUGCCAAUCAAGUCGAAGGGUCAUCUGAACAUGCUGAAGUGCAACAAGAUCCCAUCUAUGUGAGAUUAUAUGAGAAGACAAAAAAGCAUAUAAAAAAGGAUGGAAGUACUAUUUGGGAACCAAAUGCUGAAAAGAACUAUGAAGAACUCAAAAGGCUUCACGAAACUGAAAUCACAGAACAUGGUGAGGACACACUGAGUGUUAAAGAUGCUUAUAUGAAGGUAUUAAAACCUAAAUCUGGAUAUGUGAGAGGACUUGGUCCUGGAGCUCGACCACCUACAAAAGUUAGAAUCCAAGGAGAUGAUAUGGAUAGGGUUCAACUCUCUACUCAAGUUCACACACUAAGUGCGUCAAAUGAAGAGCUCAGAGAAUCUAAUGAACAACUUAAAGCAUCAAAUGAGGAGCUCAAAGCAUCAAAUGAGGAGCUCAAAGCAGAAUUUUCAAGAAUGAACAAGGAAGCCAUUGAACGUGAAAAUAAACUAAGAGAAGAUAUGCUAAAAAUGUUUGAGGAAAUGAGCUGUCUGUGGAAGGAACGCAAUGCAGCAGUUGUUGCUGUGGUGCUGCCGCAACGCUGCUGUUGCAGCUGCAGUGCUGCCGCAACGCUGCUGUUGCUGCUGCAGUGCUGCCGCAACGCUGCUGUUGCUGCUGCACUGCUGCCGCAACGCUGCUGUUGCUGCUGCACUGCUGCCACAACUCUGCUGCAAUAGUUUUAGGAGCUUUUUCCACGUGCAGCAGUGUAUUCACUAAGCUUGAUGUGUGUAUAUCUGAUAUGUAGAUGAUUUACAUUGCAAGUGUAGGAAGCAUACAUUAUUAUUAAUGUCAAAUUUCUCUAGUUGACAAAGAACAAACAUGCAUUACAUAUCAAACCAUUUAGCAUUCAUUAGAAAAAAAAAUGCUAAUUAUGACUUGAUACAUGGAGAGGUGAUUGCUCCUAAAUUUGACAAAUUUCACAAUUGUGAGUUUAUAUUAUUUCAAAAUGCAUUU